UUUGAUUCCUCUGUAACUUCUCACACAAUAGGGCUCGUAUGCUGAACCGCAUUGGUCUUUGUAUAUCUUGCUUGUCGAUACUUGGCUCCGUCUUGGGCCAGCUUGCGCUUCCAAACCCAGCAUGGCUCCCUCCAAACGCGUCUGAAGGCGCAUUACCGUCCAAUUUCUCGAGCGUUGGCAAUCCUCAGUGGCGAAAUAUACUAGGCGAUCUUCUUUACUUCUACGAGUGCCAGAGGAGUGGAACACUUCCGGACACGAACCGCGUCUCGUGGCGCAAUGACAGCGCGCUACAGGAUGGAAAUGACUGGGGCAUAGACCUUACCGGUGGCUACUACGAUGCCGGGGACUAUGUUAAGUUCACGUAUCCUUUGACUUUCACGCUCACAUCAAUCUGCUGGGGUGCUCUUGAUGCUGGAAGAGGUUAUGACAUGGCUAACCAGACAGCGUAUCUCGACUCAAUGCUUCGUUGGGGUUUGGAUUGGCUUAUAAAGGCUCAUCCUCUUGGUAGCACUCUAUUCAUGCAGGUUGGCAAUGCCGAUGUGGACAACGCAUACUGGGGUGGGGAUCAGGGUAUUCCAGAGCCCAGGCUUGCAUACCAAAUCAAUGACACGAAUCCAGGCACCGACGCGGCAGCGCAGGCUUCAGCCGCGUUCUCUUCCUGCUCCGCGCUGUACUCAGGCACCUCCUUCAGCUAUUCCAACGUUAACAUCUCGUUCUCGCCCGGACAUGCUUCCCUGCAGAACAACACGUACGCCUCCACCCUCCUCAACCACGCGAGCCAACUCUAUUCCUUUGCCAUCAACGCUUCCAGCGGGCAAACGGUGUAUCAGACCUCCGUUCCGACAUCCGCAGAUGCUUACGGCUCGUCGGGCUACACCGAUGAACUUGUAUUGGCGCAGCUGUUCUUGGGGCUCGCGAGCAACUCGUCGGAGGGCGUAGAGCAGGCGCAGGACAUGUACGGACAGUUCCAGCUGGGAGGCAGCGACAACGUAUUCAACUGGGAUAGCAAAACGCCAGGGUUGGCAGUAUUGGGCGUGCAGCUCGCUGAGAGUGGGCGCGGUGGGAACAAGGAGGAGUGGGCACAUGAGGCAGAGGGAUACUUUGAUCGGAUUCUGAACGGCAGCAGCCCGGGCUUCCUCACCAAAGGCGGCCUCCUCUGGUAUGAGGGCGACUCAGAAGACGCCAGCUUGAAUCCAGCACUCAAUGCUGCGAUGCUCAUGGCGCGGUAUGCCCCGCUUGCGUCAUCCGCAGAGAAAACACAAUCAUACCUGGACUUUGCUCAAGGUCAGCUUGAGUACGCCCUCGGAAACAAUCCCAUGAAAGCUCCGUAUGUUGUCGGGGUCAAUCCUAAUUCACCGCAAAACCCGCACUCGGCUAUGGCCAGCGGUGGGAACGACAUCUCGCACAUCGACACAUCUCCCAAACAGGAAGCUUACGUGCUUUACGGCGGCGUAGUCGGCGGACCCGACAUCCAUGACAAAUUCUAUGACAUUCGGAGUGAUUGGCCACAAACUGAGGUCGCCCUGGACUACGUCGCUCCGAUGCUUACCCUCGCCGCUCUGCAUGUCAUGAACGACACCUCUGACCCGUUUUACACGUCAAUCAAGGCCGGCGCGUUUAAUAAGAGGCGUCCGCAUGGCAAGCCCUGCGACGCCGUCUUCUCAUGUGCAGUACAUUUCCCCACAGCCGGCAAGAUCGUAAUCGGAGUCGUCGUGAGCAUCGUGGGCCUCGCGAUCGUGGGGCUGGCGGCAGCGUGGGCGUUGACGGGUUUGGGGCACAUGCAUAGGCACGGAAAGGGGGAUCUCCCGAAGUAACGUACUUUGGUAUCAUUUCAUUUUUAUGUUGCUCUUUUAUCUCUUCGUUUUGUAUUGCAAGGAUGGCG